AUGACCAGCCCUGCCAGUCACCAUGAAACACCUAGCUUGGAGCUGCCGAGGCUUGGGAACCCUCGGACAGUUCGUGAACUUCACCUCUUGGUGAAGGAAAAGAGCCCGGACGUUGUAUUCCUUAGUGAAACCAAAUGUAAGAGGGGGAGGAUUGAGUCCAUUUGGGAGAAGUUGAAUUUUAGUCACAGCUUUUCAGUUGACUGCAUUGGCAGGAGUGGUGGGCUAGCAUUCCUUUGGAAUAAGGGGGUGGAUGCUGAACUGGAUUCCUACUCAAACUACCAUAUUUCUAUUGGAAUCAAUUCUGUCACUAUGAAGAAUAGAUGGAUUGUUACUCACUUUUAUGGGCAACCAGUUACUGCAAAAAGGAGGGAUAGUUGGGACCUCCUUAGGUUAAUCCACUCUAAAGUCCAAAAAUCUUGGUUAUGCUUGAGAGACUUUAAUGAAAUCUUGCAUCAACAUGAACAAUUUGGUUCUAAUACCCGCCCCUGUAAGCCAAUGGAGGAUUUUAGAAUGGCCAUAAUGGAUUGUGGUCUUGUAGACAUGGGAUAUAUAGGUUAUAAAUUCACCUGGUGUAACAAAAGGGAGGGAUCUGAGUUUACAAAAUCCAGACUGGAUAGGGCCCUGGUUAAUGCGGCAUGGCUAAACCUUUUUGUAUUAAAUCAGGUUUUUGUGCUCCCUGUCGAGUGCUCUAAUCACAACCCCAUUCUUAUUCAGUGCACAAAUCCUGCUUCAUUUGAAACUCCUAAGCAAAAGGUUUUCAGAUAUGAGGUUGCUUGGGGCAAUAGAGAAGGCUGCAUGGAACUCAUUAAAACUGUGUGGCAGCAGGGUUUUUCCCAAGGAUCAAAGCUUAUAACCACCCGAGAAGGAUUGAAAGUAUGCAGAGAAAAAUUUAAGAAUUGGAGUAAGGAAAUGUUUAGGAACCAGAAAAGGCUCCUCAGGGAAAAAAGAGAGAGACUAAGAAUGCUACAAGACUAUAAUACUGGUCAAUAUAGUAACCAGAUCUAUUCCCUUCAAAAAGAAGUGGAUGGUUUUCUUGAAGAAGAAGAGUUGAAGUGGAGACAGAGAGCCAAACAAAGGUGGCUUAAGGAUGGGGAUUGA